AUGUUGAAAGUCUUGUUACGGAGUGAGGAGCAGAGUCUAAGCCGUGAACAGAGCGCCUCUCCCGGGCACAGGCUGCAGGGAGGACCGGGGUGGGGCGGUGGAAGCCUGAACCCAGUCUGGACUCAGUCUGAUGAGAUGAGGAAGAGGCGCUCAGGCUUUGAUCUCCGUCACGAGGAGCAGAACAGGAGCAGCAGGAACCGAAGUUUUAUAUUCCGCUUCUUUGCGCUUGCCAAAAUGGCGCUGUCUGCGGAGGGAUGCUGGAGGCAGGUAGAGGGAGGUCACACUUCCUAG